AAUAAAGUAAACUUUCUGUGGAUGGCUGACGCUGAAGUUUUAAAAUUUUAAUUUACUCUUUCUCAUUUUAUAUCAAACUUAUUAUUAGUUAAAAGUUAACUUAUUAUUUAUUUAGUGUUCAGUAUUAAUAAUAAAUUAAAACACAGUGGCUUUUCUCCACAUUAAAUCCAUAAGUGAGAGUGUUGUUUAUUUUUACAACUUUUACAAAAUUCUUUAAGUGUCUUGUUUACAAUUUUGUGGGAAAUUGUAGCAAUGGCUGGUAAAAUUUACUUCGCAUUAGCACUGGUGUGCAUAAUACCUAUCGUGUACGCUUGUAACGAAGCUAUUUGUGCGAGUGUGGUAUCAAAAUGUAUGUUAACUCAAUCUUGUAAGUGUGACUUGAAGGAUUGUUCUUGCUGCAAGGACUGUUUCAACUGCCUCAGCUACUUGUACAGCGAAUGCUGCAGCUGUGUUGACAUGUGUCCGAAACCAAAUGACACACAAACUGAGUUAUCUAAAACAUCCUACGUGGAGGAGUUAGCAGAUGGAGUGCCCGGGCUGUUUGCUGCUCUCACCAGUGACCCUGAUCCUCAGCAGAGGUGGCUUUCCAUCACCUACCCCGUAGACAUUGAUCUGUCAGCCUACAGAGCAGUUCCUGAUAAGACUGUGGUCUUCCAUUUACAGAGCGUGGAACAGGAAUCGGAGCCAGUGAGCCGCGACGUGGUAACGCUCAACUGCACGGUCGCGUACAUGUCGCAGUGCAUGUCCAGCGACAAGUGCCGCGCGUCCUGCAGGUCUAUGGGCGCUAAUGGCUUACGGUGGUUCCACGACGGCUGCUGUGAAUGUGUAGGCGAUAAAUGUUUCUCAUACGGAAUCAACGAGAGCAGAUGUUUGGCGUGUCCGGGAGGCAAGGAGACAGCAGUGAACUCUUUGGACGAAGAUCUGACUUACGACGAUCUGGAUUACGGAGAAGAAGUAGACGCACAAGCGGUGUAAUGUAAAAUUAUAUUUUGUAUUUAUUUAGUGUAUUUAUAGGCAGUAAAGGUAAAGUCAGCAUUGAUCCGCUUAUGAAUACCUGGCGUAUAGUCUCAGCUUUGCACCGGUGUGAAUAAAACACAUUCAUAAAAAAAUCUGUUUAUUAGUUUUUGGUAUAGUUUCAGUAGUUCGAAUAAAACAAAUAAGAAGAUCAAAAUAUAUUUAGUAUGUAGUGCAAGUAUGAUGAUGAUUAUCUUUUCCAUCUUUUCUGAAAUACAAAGUAAAUAAAUGACAGAUUCCGAUACUCUGAUACAUGCCUAAUUAAGCAAAUUGAUGUUGAAAAGCCUUUUCAGCCUUGAACAACUUGAUCCUUUCAGACUGUUGAAUAUAACUAUACAUAAUUUGGACAUUUCUAAAAGGACGUUACUGUCCCCAUCGUUAUUAGAUAUAACUUGCUUGCGUACCGUAAUGUAUUUAAAAUUAAUCAAGUCAACUUGACCGAAGACUAUUAUAUUACAAGCCUUCGUCUACUAAAUUCUGCCUUAAGAUUAGUGUAUCUACUUGAAAUCAGAAAUCCUUGUAUGUACGUAGUCUUUCCAAAAAAAGAUUCCGUCAGAAUUUCAGUACACGUCUAUAGUUACUAUUGUUUUUGUACCUUUUACACUUAUUUCCAGUGAUAGUGUAUUUAUGACCUAUUCUUAUAAGAAUAACGAAAGUUUUUUAAACAAUUUAUUUAAGAGAUUUCUGUGUCCAGUCUCAAUCUUAUUUCUAAGAAUUAUUAUUAUUCUUCCGUCCCUAACAUUUUAAGUAGUGAAUUAGUUAUUAUUGACAUUAACAACGCCUUUUAUUUACGUAGAAUUUAGGUUUUAAGCUAUUUUGUAUUUUAAACUGUUGAGAGAACGAAUCUCAAAGUGCCAAAUGUAUUUGCUUGUACAAAAAAUGCCAUUACUUUUUAAUAUUUACGUAAUUUGGAGUAGGAUAGUAAGGUGACAUCUUAUUUAUUGUGGGUUAGUGUUUCCAAGGUAUAACCUAAGUUUGGUUUACUUUUGACAAGAUUUUAAUUAUCUUUUGUCAAAAGUUGUUAUUCCAAGCCGUUUAUAAAAGUGACUAUGAAAAAUAUACACACAGAUAAAUCUUUAUUUCAGAAUGAAUAGAUGGAAACCCUCUUUUUAAUAUUCGGUAAAGGAUUUUUAUCAGAAUCUUAGAUUGACCGCCAUAAUUAGUAAUUCUAAUAAUUGUAAGUGCCUUUUUGAUGUAUUUUUAUAUACAAUUUAUAUUCGAUGUCGAUAUUGUGAAUCAUAAUAAACAAUAUUUUUAUAUGGAACAAAA